AUGGCUCGAUACUUUGGCCAAGCCACUCCAACAGAACUUAGAGACCUUGAGCGUAAUGCUGUAAGAGCCACCAACAAGCAGAUGUCAAAGGCUGCUGCUAUGCUUCAGGCAGCAUUUGAUGGCAAGACACGAUAUGCGUGGUUUGGCGGCUGGGCUCUCAAACUUCGAGGCUCAGAGCGCGAGACCCGCGACCUCGAUCUUCUCGUAUUAGCGACCGACGUUCGCCAAGUCAGGGCAAUAUUAUCCCCAUACAGCUGGCCAAUUCUCUCAUAUUAUGAGAUCAUGGGUAGCAUCCAGGAGAGGAUGUUUGUGGACAUUGGGGAAAACGGCCAGCUUGUUGGAGUGGAUAUUGUUCUUUCAGGCCAACUCAACACCCCCGAUCUAGGAGACGAAGACUCUCUUGAACUCAUCACGCCUCACUUUGCAACACCUCAAGGCAAUCAGGUUCCGGUAAUCCCCCUGACUUGGCAGGUCGAAGGAAAGUUGGGAACUUGGAUCUCAAGACAGAAGCAAUCAGACUUUCAGGACCUUACGUUCCUUUUUCGAAAAUACGGCAAUGAAAUCAGAACAUGGAGCGAGCAUCUGUCAGAGAACUGGCGUCGUGAAUUCUACGAUGUCUUCAAGCUUGAUAAUAGCAAGGAGGCAUGCAAGAACAUGAAAAAGGUUCUUCGACUGGACUAG